AUGGAGUUCUCGUUCGAUGUGGAUGCGCUGCUCCCGGAGCGGAUCACGGUGCUGGAUCAGCACCUGCGACCCCCAGCCCGCCGACCCGGAACCACAACGCCGGCCCGUGUUGAUCUGCAGCAGCAAAUUAUGACCAUUGUAGAUGAACUGGGCAAGGCUUCUGCCAAGGCUCAGCAUCUUCCUGCUCCCAUCACCAGUGCAUCAAGGAUGCAGAGUAACCGCCAUGUUAUGUAUGUGCUCAAAGACACUUCAGCGCGACCGGCUGGAAAAGGAGCCGUUAUCGGCUUCCUUAAAGUUGGAUACAAGAAACUCUUUGUACUGGAUGAUCGUGAGGCUCACAAUGAGGUAGAACCACUUUGCAUUCUAGACUUUUACAUCCAUGAGUCACUUCAGCGCCAUGGCCAUGGGCGAGAACUCUUCCACUAUAUGUUGCAGAAGGAGCGAGUUGAACCACACCAACUGGCCAUUGACCGACCCUCACAGAAGCUGCUUAAGUUCCUGAAUAAACAUUACAACCUGGAGACCACAGUUCCACAGGUCAACAACUUUGUGAUCUUCGAAGGCUUCUUUGCCCAUCAGCAUCGGCCCCCUGCUCCCUCCCUGAGGGCAUCUCGACACUCUCGCGCUGCCAUGGUUGAUCCUACACCCGCUGCUCCAGCAAGAAAGCUGCCACCCAAGAGAGCAGAGGGAGACAUUAAGCCAUAUUCCUCUAGUGACCGAGAAUUUCUGAAGGUAGCUGUGGAGCCUCCGUGGCCCCUAAACAGGGCCCCUCGCCGUGCUACGCCUCCAGCCCAUCCACCCCCCCGCUCCAGCAGCCUGGGAAACUCACCAGAACGGGGUCCCCUCCGCCCCUUUGUGCCAGAACAGGAGUUGCUGCGUUCCCUGCGCCUCUGCCCCCCACACCCUACCGCCCGCCUUCUGCUUGCUACCGACCCUGGGGGCAGCCCAGCCCAACGUCGGCGCACCAGCUCCCUUCCCCGCUCUGAUGAGAGUCGAUACUGA